UAGGCGACCAAUAGGCUUGCUUGAAUUAGCUUUGUGGCGAUUGGAAGCUAGUUUUAUACAAUGUUUUGUUUCGUUUUGUUUGUUUGGGGUGGGAAACUAUCGAGGUAACAAGCGUUGUGAAUUUUAAACGCAAUUGCGAAAUAUUUUGCCACAAGUUAUUCCAGUUAAUGACGAUUAACAUCCAGAUAGCCUUAAAAAUACUGUAUUUCAUGCCCCGGUUUGAAAGUUGUGUAUUGUCAACGGUUGGGUAUAUAAUUUACGGUAAAUGUAAUAGCGAUACUGUAUGUAAGCAGUCAUGGUUCGAGGACGCAGAAACGUGAUAAGAAACAAAAAUGUCACAAGUGAUGGAAGUUCUGGAGAGCCGAGGAAGAAAAGUACAAAACUUUCUCAAGAAUUCAAGGGUAGGCUCUCCCAUUCGGUGCCACGACUUCACGAUGUGGAGAUAACAAAGUAUUUCCAUCCCGACGACCAUGAUGAGAAUUUGCCUUUAACUUUAAAAACGUCGCAGACUGAUUGUGAACUUUCAGGGCAUGAGAGUAAUACUGACUCAAAUGCCGUUGUCAAAACUGAAGAAAAAGAUGGCAAUGAUUCUGAUGAAAAUAAUUCUAUUCUGACACCUCAAAAGGCAAACUUUACAAAAAACAAAACGCCACUGUCUCCAGCGAGUGCACUAUCUCUGCUGCAAAUUACUGCUACUCCAAAGAAAGCAACCAAAUCGAGGCGAAGGUUAAAUCCCAGCCAGAUAGCCAACCAGCAGGCUCCGGCGGCGUUAGCCCCAGCCGGCAGCAGAGUCAGACCCACGUUCUGCCCACCGUCUGUCAAAGGGAAAAAAGUGACCGCACUGUUUCCUGAUUCUACUCAAAACCACAAACUUACCGAGUACUUUCCAGUGCGGCGCAGUGAACGAAAAACUAAGAAAAUUGUGCUGGAGGAAUGGCAGAAGACUAUAGAAGAAGCUAUACUUUCAGAGAAAGAAGAAGGGCUCGAGGUUCACAACUUUGAGGGAAAGGGGCGUGGUAUUGUUACGACAAGAGAUUUCCACAAGGGUGAAUUUGUAGUUGAAUAUGCUGGAGAACUCAUCAGUAUGACUGAAGCAAAAGUCCGGGAAGCACUCUAUGCACAGGAUCAGAAUACUGGCUGUUAUAUGUAUUACUUCAAGCACAAGAACACUCAGUACUGUGUGGAUGCCACAGCAGAGACAGGAAGAUUAGGGAGGCUCGUAAACCACAGUCGGAAUGGUAAUCUCGUGACAAAAACUGUGACUGUAGAAAACAAACCACGGCUUGUUCUUGUUGCUAAAGAAGACAUACCAGCAGGUGAGGAGGUGAUGUACGAUUAUGGUGACAGAAGCAAGGAAUCUAUAAGGCAUCAUCCUUGGUUGACUUCUUAGUGUUCCACGAAAUCUGAGAAGAAGAGCGUGUGUGAUGUCAUGUGCCUCAUGUAACAAUAAUGAAUACUUGAAAAAUAGAAUAAACGGUAGCUCUCAAAAGAGGGAAGAAUCUGAAAACAUUCCUUGCCUAUAUAAAAUAUGCACGAAUUAUAACAUUUGACAGAUUCAGGAUGAAAGGGAUUUGGCAAGUUAUGCAUAGACUUUUUUUUUUUUAAAAAAAAAAAAAAAAAGAAGUACUGAUAAUGCAAAUUUUAGAAAGCAGGCGAAAGAAAAAUUGUUGUAUGUUACAACUUUUAUCACUACACACUAAACAAAUCGUGUAUUUAAAUUUUCAUUAUAGAAAAAUCAAAACACAUGUAUAUUCAGUGCAUUGCUAGAAGUACAUGAUAUAUUUUGACUGAAAGUUUGUAUAGUUUUUAUGUUAGUUUAAGGACACAAGCAUUAUAGCGAUUUGUUUUUGACUGCAUUUUUGUUUGUGUCACACAUAAUAUUCUCACAACUGUGGCUAUGUAUUAAGAUUUGUUGUUGAGUUUGUAGCUGUAUGAAAGUAAUUUAUUGCACUUAUUCUCAGAACUCUUUCUCUUGUGUAGUUUGUUCUAAAUGUUUUAUUUAUUAGUACACAGACAUGGCAUGUGUCUGACACUGCCAAAAUUUUAGUAUAAAAUGUAUACUGAAUUAUUUGUUAUAUAAUUACAUUAGUUGAAUGCAGUUAAUUUGUGUACUGUUGACUAUAAAUUUGAAUUGUGUGUCUGAACUAAAUUCCCACAGGAUUUUUAUUUCAUUUAUAAGUAUUUGUUUCUUUUUAAAUCAUUCUUAGACUGCUUUCUUUGUU